UUGUAAAUCUCGCAUUAUGUGGUUGUAAAGCUAAUGCUGACGCCGAACUUUAACGAUAAACGUGAAAAAUUAAAAACGCUGAAAUGAAUCUAUUAUUAGCGAUCGUUUUAGCGGGGUGUUUUCUUUUAACGAACAAUUCUGAAAAUCAAUCUUAUAGAUUUCAAAACAUUUUCAAAAAUAUAACCAACUUCAGUGUUGUGAAAACGAAUGUUAAUAACGAUUUGAAUUUUGGUGUUAAUGGUAGCAACCAGGACAAUUAUGAAGAAAGGGGAAGACUUUGCGUUAAAAAUUUAACGAAGUGUAUGGAACAAGAUUCCGAACAUUUUGCUACAUCAAACAGUCUCGGAAGCUUCUUAUUCUCCAGAUUGCCCCCAUUCGAUUUGAGUAAUUUCGAAGAAAUCUCUCCACAGUGUAGGAAACAAAGUAAACAGUUCAUACAAGGGCUACGCAACUUUCACAUAUGGGCCUUAAAAAUGUACGACUCAACAGCUAAGUUACCAUCUGGUAUUUUGAAUGGUAACAUCAAUCAAUUCGGAGACUUCGAUAUGUGCCUUGACGCUUUUUCGCAAAAGCAUGGUAUCCAAGGUCAAUAUUGUUUAGCUUCUAUAGAAGUUGAAAGUCCGAAAAGCUCUUAUUUGGCUGGUCUGUAUCAACUCAUCCACUCACAUAAUCAUUUCAAAAGUAAACUUGAAGACCCUGGUCAUCGUGUACCUCGUUUUUCAUCAAUAAAUUGGGCUUUAUGUGUUCCUGAUAGCUGUACUGCGAAAGAUGUAGAAUUGGGUUUGAAGAAAACCGUGCAGAAUAUAUUAAAUGGUACCGAAUUUGAAAUCCGAUACGAAGUAGAUCCUAGUAUGUGUCAAAAGAAAACCGUCGUGAAAUAUCCUACUUCUUUGUACAUAACCAUAGCUAUCUUUGGAUUCAUCAUAGUAUGGGAAUGUAUAGCAACUUUAUAUGAUAUUUUAUCUUUUGGAGAAAAAGAUAAAUGGAUCAUGGCUUUCUCUUUGAAGAAUAAUUUCUUAUCUAGUAUAACUUUAACAAGACCACCAGGAGAUAUAGAAGCUGUACAUGGAAUUCGAUGUUUGAAUGCCCUUUUUCUAUUAGCCUCACAUAAAUCAAUGGCGGCUUUCUUCCAACCAGCACCUAAUCGAACAGCAUAUGUUGAGUUUAUCUCCAGACCGUUUUCUGUAAUAGGCAGAGCGGCUAGUCUUUAUACGGAUCCUUUCAUCAUGAUAUCCGGCAUGUUAACCACGUAUUCGUUACUGGGACGUCUACAAAAAACUCAGAAGAUCAAUAUUAUCGAAGAGUACACAACUCGACUAUUCAGGAUACUACCAACAUUCAUGGCUUUGAUAGCCUUUUGUACUUUCAUAUUACCUCACAUUGACAGUGGGCCUUUGUGGAAUUUAGUGGUAACGCAUCAUUCGGAUAUAUGUAAAAAGUAUUGGUGGAGAAAUUUAUUUUUCAUACACAACUAUUUUGGAUUUAAAGAUAUGUGCCUAACUCAUACUCAUCACCUUGGAAUCGACACUCAACUAUUCUUCGUGUCUCCACUUUUGAUAUAUUUGAUCUGGAGAUGGCCGAAGAGAGGAUCAAUCAUAUUAAUAGCCUUAGCUGCUAUCUCAACGAUUAUGAGAUAUUACGUUUCCUACACGAUGAGAUUGUCAAAUUAUGUACACUUCGGAACAUCGAUCCAACAAUUAUUUGAUACAGCUGAUCACAUGUAUAUUCUGCCAGCCCACCGAGCUACUGUCUAUAUCAUGGGUAUAUUUUUGGGAUACAUUUUGAGAAAUUUCUCUAAUCUCAGUUUCACCAAGACUCAACUAAAUGUCGGAAACACUAUGGCACUCUUUACUUUCCUCGUUUCAUUUUUUGGAGCAGCAUUUAUGGGAACCAUAGAUUACGUAUACGAUCCUAAGGAUGCAGCAUGGUAUGCAGCAGUUUCGCCCAUCUUAUGGUGUUUCUCAUUUGCUUGGGUAAUAUUCAUAUGGCAAUUAGGAUAUAAAAUUGCUGCCGGAUAUUUAUUUUCGAAUAAAUUAUUCCUACUUUGGACUAAAAUUUCGUAUACGGUAUACUUGACACAAUUUCCAGUGUUUUUCUAUAACGUUGGUACGACUCGAUCUUCGAACGAAACGAAUUUCUUCUGGUCAAUAUUGAAUUUAAGGGAGUACGCUUGGGUGAUAGGACUGUCUAUCUUAUUGUCGUUAACCAUCGAAAUACCUUUCCAAAAUAUUAGACACAUUUAUAUUGGAAAUAAAAAUAUGAAGAAACGAAGUGAAGACGUUCAAGUGACUGAAGAAAAAGUUAAAAGCAUGUAAUUUUGUGCGAACUUGCCUUUGUGUAAAUAUGUGCGUGAAUAUGUAUGACUGCCAUCUAAGACUUUGAUAACGAAUUAAUGUUUAAGGUAUAAUCGUUUUUAAGUAUUUUUUUUGAUAUAAUGCAAAUCAUCGACCAAAUAAUUUCACUAAACUUGUUCUUAAUUAUUAAUAUAAAUAUGAAUUAUAAUUAUUUUAAUUGACAAUUAUGAUUAGAUAUUAAAAUACUGAUUCUUAUUUUAGUAUAUUUCAUGUAAGAAAAUUUUUGGUUAUUGGUAUAAAACGUGAAAAAACUGGAGAAAUAGUUUAAAGUACCUAGAUUAUGAACAGGUUUUUAUCAAUAGAACCGAAAUUGAUAACCGGCUAUAAAUAGAUUACAUAAUAAAUAAUAAAAAUUAUAAUUUAGAGAGUGUUCGAAAUGUUGUCGACAAUUAAUCUAUUGGCAGUAGUAUAAUCCUCUUUCUUCAUUUUCUUUUUUUGUUUCGUAUUCGAAGGUUUUCAGUAAAUUUAUUUCCUUCUUCCAAACAGCAAGAUACCUUUAGUAAAAGCACAAUUUCGGAGAGAGUGGUUUAAGGUUGCUAUAUCCAAUGAAAAAUGUUGAUUUUAUAUUUGCAUUCUUUAUUACAUUAUCCUUUAUAAUUUUGACAUAAUAUUGACUGAAAACUCUUUCAUUAACUCGAAAAUAACUUGCCUGGUGCUACCAAUUCUGCUAUAAUUUAAAUGUUUUCAAUAUAGUGCUUAGAUAAAUUCAUACAUUUUUGGAAAAAUACUCAGCAAAAUUAUAAUUCAGUAAUUUUGCAAUCUUCAUCUUUUUUUUUCUCAGAAUGGGAAUAAUAAUACUUAUUUCCCAAUCUUCUGGUAUCUUUUCGGCAUUUACGCUCUACUGUAUAAUGCGGUAGUUAACUGCUCUCCCAUAUUUUCCUACAUUUCAAAAUACCCUCUGAUUUUAUUUCAUUCUCUUAUGUCUCAUUUGUUCUCAGCCUAUACUUCCUUUGUUCGUCUGUACACUCAAUAUAGUUUUGAAAAUACGUUAUCAAUUUGUCUAGUAUAACAUUUUUUGGAGGAAUGUUUCCAUAUUCAUAUUUGAUUUAUUCGAAUAUUUAUUGCUAGUUUUGUGAUUGUAGGUUUUCCAUUGUUUCCCUUAUUGUCAUUUUUCUGCACUUAUCGCUUGUGCUUUAGUCUUGUAACACCGAGUACACACCGUGCACCUAGGGUGUUACCCGAUUCCUUCUAUGUGUAUCGUACUCAGUAUCACUGAUUACUGUAUUUGGAGGAGGUUGUGUGUUCCCGGAACUUCUUUGAUGGUGUUGAAACUAACAUUAGUUACAAACCCAGUUGCUCCAAUUAUAAUAGGUAUCACUUUCGUUCAAGAUUCCACAUUCUCUGUGUUUUGAUCUGCAGGUCCUUAUAUUUCAGAAAUCAAUAUGCAUUGUCUUUUUUUCUUAUCCUGUAUUAUUAGUUUUCGCUUGUCAUUAUUAUGCGAAAGACUUAUGCACUAUUCACGCACAGAUUCUCUUGAUGCGAGGUUGAGGGAUGAAUAAUCCUUAUCAGCCUUGGAUAUAAUCCGGUGUAGAGUUGAGGUUUCUGGUUUCCUAUGAAAGAAUUCACGUAGCUUCAUUAAUUGUCAAGAGUGCAAAUUAAGAAGGUCGAUUAAGCCUCUUCCACCUAUUACCUCGGGGUAAUGUUGUUCUAAUAGUGGAGGACUUCUGGUGGUGGUUGUUAUUCUUCGUCAUCAUUGUUUCCUGCAUUUAAUUCGGAUUUCAUAAGUGACUUCACUCCUUUGGUGUUGAAAUCCAAAGUAUUUGUAGGUUUCUCCGUUUUCCAUCGAUAUCUUCGUUGGGAAGUUGCACAUUUCCGUUCAUGACAAUGCCUUUCUCGAUAUGUAGAGUUUGUACUUAGACAGUCCUAAUAGUUAAUAUUUCUCUGAUGUGGUCUCUCAAGCGUUUAGAGGGUUGUGCACAAUUCUUGUACUCCGUUAAGGGUCCUAGUUCACUCCUAAUGGUAUUAUAAUUAUUAUUAUUACCUAGUUGACCUUCAAAGCCUUUCCAUGAUUUUCUUUCAACCUCUCUUAUUGAAAGUUUAACUUUGCUACAUUCUACUUUACAUUCUUGGUAUCUAUUGUUGUUUUUAUCAAGUAGGUAUCUUCCUUAAGUUCCUUUAUUGUCUUAUUUUUACAUUCCAAGAUGCUGUCUGUUUCAAUGUUCUAUUUAUUUUUGUUAUACCAUAUCUUGCCUGCUCUUUUUUUUUCAAUUCUCGCUGUUCUUUCAAUCUCAAGUGAUUGUUAUUAUAUAACAGAUACUCUAUUCUUUGUCUAUAUUCUUAUAAUACAUUUUUAUAUGUAGUUCAUGAUUUCUUCGAUGUUUCAAUAUUUCAUUUCAUAGUUUCAUUUUUUUGACUUACAUUCUAACAUAAUAGUACUCCAUGAACGUGAACUCGAAUGGCAUAAGUAAACUUAGUUAUAAUGAAACAUUGAACUAUAAAAAAACCGGGUAUUGCUGUUACCUACAGAAGAAUUUAUCAGUAAACUGGAAGUUUUAAACAGCGUAUUUCAUAGGUUAGUUUUUAGUAGAUAUUGAUAAUUGUUCAAAAAAAAUUUAAAACAGAUUUCGACAGCUUACCUCCUAUAAGCUUAAGAAAGUUGUUUGUGUAUCUAUCAAAGUUCGAGGGCUUUUUAGACAAAAAAAAAUUUCUAAUUAUAGGAAAAUAUACAUACAUAUACGUUAACAUAAGAACAAUUGGACAAGAUGAAGAUCCAGACGUUUUAGUUUCUAUAACUGAUGAAGAUAUGUUUCCAAAUACGUAUGCUGUGAAUAAUUUGAUUAUGAUGUUUUUCGUCAAUAUUCAACUAAGGUUUUAUUGAGUUGGCAUUGUUGUGAACCGUAAUUUUUGUAAGCUCUUGCUGUUUUACCUUACUUUGGCCAAUCGACUAGCCGCGAUCGAUCUAUUUGUGUUAUUGGUAAUUUUUUUCCUUGAUAUUCAAACCAAUCGCUAUCAUACCAGUGAACAUUUUCGGAUUUCCAGUGACUAUUCAUUAUCAUAAAUAAUCUGUUGAUUUCAAUAUUUGGACCCCUUUUUGACAUCAAUUGUUUGAAUAAUCUGAGAGGACAAACGUUGCUGUUGUUAUUUUUUAUUAAAAACUUGCUUUCAGUACACAUUUUUGAACCACCUUGGUUAGUCGAUUUGUUACAGAACCAUCAUUGUUCAAUUCGAUACAAAAAAAGUCAUUUAAGCAAACUGGAGCUUUCCCACAUCGCCAAGCUAAUUCUACCGCGGAUAUGUGAUACAUUUUCAGUUGCAGCUCUUCAGGGGUUUAUCAUUCCAUAAAUGUCUGAUUACAAAUUACAUAGUAUAGAUUCGUGGCCAACUCGUACUUGUUGAAAUACAACACGUUUUAAUGGGUGAAUAAUAACUUGAAUUUCUUCAUAAUUUUGCCUAUUGGUUAGGUUCCACAUGGUUUUGUUAAUACUCUGUACCAUGUUUUCUUGUCAUGUUCACAGCCCAAUCUUUUAAAAUUAACGCCAAUUCUUCCGCCGUCCGAUUUGCAUCUAAUUGAUACUUUCUAUCAUUGCAAAAUUCCAUAAAUGCUUUCCAUACAAAUUUUUCACUGUAUACAGUACUUUUUCGUAUGUUUGGUUCUAUGAUUUCAUUAAUAUCAUCGUCGGUAUACAUCCAAAUCGUGACAUUUUGAAAUAUUAAAUAUUUAAAACGUCAAUAUACAGAUAAAUCAAUAUGUAUUCAUCGCAAAGUAAGCCCAUGGGAUCUGUUUUCAGGAUAAUGAUGUACUGAUUGGUUGUCUUUAAUCGAGUUACUUCAAAUAAAUUGAUUUCAUUGGAACAAAAAAAUUUUCAAGUUAAUUACAUUAACCCCAUAGUAGAGGCGGACUAGUGACUCAAAAAAAAAUUAAACGAUAGAAUCCGGGAUAGAAAAAAAAUUGGUACUAACAGAAUAACAAAAAAUAAUCUUAUAAUUUGAAAAUUUCUUGCAAUCUUUACCUUUUCUGACGAUCGAACAAUACUGAAAAUGACGUCAGAGUGGUCUAUGAGGUUUUUGCAUUAAAUGUUUUAUAUCAUAGUGAAAUUAUUUGGUCAACAAGAACAUCACUUCAGUUAUGAUGUUAUUAUUUAAAAAUUAAA